GGACAGUAAAGGUUAUCUCUCAGAGAACACGGAUGAAGCAGAGAUGCUGUUGGAAUAUACUUCUGCUCUUCAGUACAUAUCUUGUGACCGUCCUCGACAACGAUGUCUGGAGUAAACCUGAAGACAACGUCUGAGAACGGUUCUGGAAUCCCUCUGCCGAAGAGCCUGACCAACCUCUCCAAAACAGACACCAAACCCCCGAGCAGCAGUUACCCGUCGGGUGGACGGACCACACCGUUUACCACCUCCAGAUCUCCAUUAUCGGUCUCCAGAGGAUCCCAACUGAGGAUUCAGUCCUCACGAGGAGCUCAAGACACAUGCGGAGGAAUAAACUGGACUCCACGCUCGGCCAACAGCAGCCCUCAUGUGCCCAAACGAGAGGUUCACCGCUUUAAGAGCACAAGUGAACUGCGCAGGGGAUCUUCACCCCAAACAGACUUUACAGAUCUGGACAGACAUUCCAACAACAACUGGAGACGACAUCACUUCAGGAGUCUAGACGAUGAGGUUACGGAAUCUUCUGCCACUGGACGAGUUAAAGAGAAGCGUCACAGAUCAAGCAACGGGAACAUCAUAUGGGAAACAUCAACAGGAGAUCAUAUGAGCUUACAGAAGCAGCGGACUCCUGGAGUGGCUGAUAGAGAAAUGAUGGCGUCAAAAUCACGUGUGUGUGUCUCAAAUACACAGCCGACGGCUCACGGGUCUCCACGCAUGGCUGCGGUCGCACCUUUCAGGUUCAGGGUGCAGGUUGGAGAGGACGGAUCGUCUCUUGAGGAUCUGAGUGAGGGUUCUUCAGAUUCAAUGGAAGUUUCCAGUGAUGGCCUGGUGUUUGUGAAUAUGUUGUUUUUGAAUGCGUUCGCCCGUCUCAUUGGUGAAUGA